AUGGGGUCUCGGGCUCGGGCCCCUGGUGGCCACACAGGCUUGACAUGGCUUACAAAUGCCCCCGUAGACUCCAUCAGCACCGACGAACACAGAGACCUUGCUGAAGUGCUCAAUUCAGAGCAUGAGCAUGCUGCAAAAUGUGUUAAAAUGACCAACAUGUGCAAACAAGCUGGCAGCCGGCAGCCCCAGAAACACGACUCUGGCUGCAGAGGGAGGCAGGGCAGCGAAGUGGAGCUGCCCACUGAGGUGGCGCCCUCCUGGGCCAGAGUGAAAGCCCUGCUGGUGCAGAGUGCUGCAACUCUCUGGAUCGGCACCAGAGGGGGCCACCUGCUGCUGCUGGAGCUCUCCAAACACCAGCCGCUGCAGGUCAUUGGCCCGCGCUGCAAUUCCAUCCGCAGCAUUGGCUCUGCACUCAUAGAAUCACUAAACUGGAAGAACGUGGUGCUGGUUUUGGGCAGAAGACUCCCGCUGGACAAAAAUCAGUCAGACGAGGAGUCGGUGCUGAUGGUGUGGAACAGCACGCUGCCGAUGGAGGUUAAAGACCUGAACAAACACUGCGAGAAAAGAGAGCAGAUUGCAGCCAAAAUGAGAGAGCAGCUUCAUCAUGACUAAGCCCACAAGUCUGUAUGUAUAUUUUAUUCAUUUUACAACCUACCUUUCAAUUUAGUUAGGAAUACUGAUUUGGCUCUAACCGUUUUGUUCCGAUCGGGAUUUUGUGAUCUUACAGUCAAACUGUGAUGUCUGUUGGUGGAUUGUAUGUCAGUCAAAUCUGAUCAAACCAAACCCACACAGACCUGAUAUACUACAUACAAAUGUUUUUUUUCUAACUUUAAAUUCGAUUUUUUCUUAUUUGUUAAUGACUAUGUAAUUUUACAGAAAAUCACCAGAAAUACAGGCAGAAGUUGCAGUCGUCUUAAUAACAGAAACAGUUCAUAUAUAUUUACAUAAUGUAUAUCAAAACAUAUUUUAUUGUUCUGAACAUCAUUAUGAUUAUUGGAUGAGUGAUUUUUGCAUACAUUUACCAUAUUGUGGUACAUUUCAAUAUCUAAAAUUAUUUGUAAUAUUCUCAUGAUAAUGAUUUCAAUCAUAUUGCCCAGCCCUAGGUUUAGUA